UGUACAGUUCACAAAACAAUUCAUGACUGAGUCCAUCAUCACCAUUACUUCUGCCUAUUAUGAGUCAAAUGCCCCAAACUAAGGACUCCCCCCCUCCUUUUAGUUUUAUCAGUCCUCUUAUAAAUGCUCCUCACCUGCCUCCUAACUCGCCUAUAUCUCUAUAACAAAUUUAACAAACUUUUUCUUUUUUUUUUUUCCAAUUUUUCAAUUAUCAACCAUUCAACACUUGUCCUUUAAUCCCCAAGUAUUCCUUCAUUCUUCCUGCCAUUGCCAACACCUAUUUAAUAAUCUUCUCUCGUUCACUCUUUCCUCCACAUCCAAACACACACACACACACACACACAUUAAGCUCGUUAUCUUUUUAGCUCAAUUUCCAGUCAUUCAAUUUCACGUCGGCAUUUAUCCCUUAACUUCAUUUCUUCUUUCCCUACCACCACCAAUGGCCCCAUAGAACAAACGUAGCGACAUUCUUUUUUUUUUUUUUCUUUUUGGUGUAACAAAAUUUAUUUUCCACAUUAUUAUUACUAAGAGAUAGAAAUGGAAAUGGAAAGGACCGCGUCGCGAUUUUUCGCGAUCUUUUUGUGUUUGUGUUGCUUAUCGGCCCUAGUGAAUUGUAAUAGUAGUAGUGAUAGUAUUUCGGGUACCAUUGAUGUCAGCCAGCCGGAUUUGAUUCAGUCAGAAUGUUUGAUGGUUCCAACAUCGGAAUUUGUGGGUACAUUGAAGUCUACAUUAGACACAGUCAAGCAAGUGACUUCCAUUUUCUCUAAAUUCACCAGCUUCUUGGGUGAUUUCCGGCUGUCCAACGCCAUUUCCGAUUGCCUUGAUCUGCUUGAUCUUUCCUCCGACGAGUUGGACCGUACUCUCGCAGCUUCUCAGAAACCUUUAGGGAAGAGCAAUAACACAGGGAAAUUGACGUCUGAUUUGAGAACAUGGUUGAGUGGAGCACUAGUAAAUCAAGACACAUGCAUAGAUGGAUUUGAUGGCACAAAUGGUAUUGUCAAGAACUUGGUUUCCGGCAGCAUUAACCAAGUAAAUUCAUUAGUCGCAAACAUUCUCAACAUGGUACAUCCGAUCCCGGUUGGCGGCGGCCUUGGCGGACGUAAUGGCCGGAAACUCACCGGCCGGAAUACAUUCCCCUCUUGGCUUGCUAAAAAAGACCGGAAACUUCUCCAAACAACUAACAUUGGGGUCGUACCCAAUGCUAUAGUGGCUGCUGAUGGCACCGGAAACUUCACUAGUAUUAAUGAUGCAAUUUCUUCAGUCCCUGACCAUAGCCCAAAUCGGUUUAUAAUUUACAUCAAGAAAGGUGUUUACAAGGAAUAUGUGGAAAUCAGCAAGAAAAAAUGGAAUAUAAUGCUGAUCGGAGACGGAAUUGAUACCACAAUUAUAUCCGGGAACCGCAGCUUCAUUGAUGGAUGGACCACUUAUAGAUCAGCUACUUUUGGUGUGAAGGGCCUAGGAUUCAUAGCGCGAGACAUAACAUUUGAGAACACGGCAGGACCCCAAAAGCACCAAGCAGUGGCAUUUCGGUCCGAUUCGGAUUUGUCCGUCCUGUUUAGAUGUGCCAUUAGGGGUUACCAAGACACGCUCUACGCCCACUCGAUGCGACAAUUUUUCCGGGAUUGCGUAAUCACCGGCACCGUCGAUUUCAUCUUCGGCGAUGGUACCGUUGUAUUCCAAAAUUGUACGCUAUUAGCUCGAAAAGGGUUGUCAAAUCAGAAGAACACCAUAACGGCACAAGGCCGGAAAGUGGCGGGUGAACCGACCGGUUUCUCCAUCCAAUUCUCUACCAUAUCGGCUGAACCGGACGCGGUUAACUCGACCGAGAACUACCUUGGCAGGCCGUGGAAGUUGUACUCGAGGACGGUGAUCAUGCAGUCGUACAUAAGUAAUGCAAUCAAGCCGCAAGGAUGGUUAGAGUGGAAUGGUAAUUUUGCUCUGGAUUCGUUAUAUUAUGGCGAGUACAUGAACUAUGGACCGGGUGCCGGUUUGGGUAGGCGGGUUAACUGGCCCGGGUACCAUGUAAUUAAUGACACGACAGUGGCGAACAAUUUUACAGUGGCACAAUUCAUUGUGGGAAAUUCAUGGUUGCCUACAACAGGAGUAAAGUACACAGCAGGGUUGGCAGUCUAAUUUGCAGUAUUUCAUUUGGUUUGCUUUCAGAUUUGAUAUUUUCCCACAACGAGCGUAUAUAAAUUUAUUAAUGAUGGGGUUUUCGUGAAUUUAGUUUAAUUUUUUGCAUGAAAUUUAUAAUUCCGUUUGAGGAAUGCAUCAAGUUUGUAACAGCAAAAAGAUAGUAACAUAUAUUUGUACUUAAUUAAUUCCCCCCCCACUCAUUUUUCAUUGAAGAAAAUGCAUGUUUGUUUCCAUUUGACUUUUCUCCUUAAUUUCAAACGUAUUACUUUCUUGUUACGUAAUAGUAUUUCGUGUGGUUUUACAUCUAUCACAUAAUUUACCGAUUGGAGUUAUCAUGGUUGAAACAUGGAAUACGGUGUAUUUGGAUUUUGAAG